AUGAGCCAACUCGACCGUGCUGUCUAUGACCAAUACAUGAAUCUUGACACAGGCAAUGUCAUUCUUGCCGAAUACGUCUGGAUCGGUGGGUCAGGCCAAGAUUUACGUUGCAAGACCAAGACGUUGACGAAUGAAGUCAAGUCUGUAGCUGAUUUGCCUAUUUGGAACUUUGAUGGUUCUAGUACUGGUCAAGCACCUGGUGAAGACUCGGAAGUAUUGUUACGUCCUGUGGCUAUAUUUAAGGACCCAUUCCGUCGUGGCAAGCACAUUCUCGUGCUCUGUGACUGUCUUAAGCCUGAUCUCACGCCCAUUGCCAACAACACACGUGCUGAUGCGGCACGUGUCAUGACGGCCGCAGAAGCAGAAGUGCCAUGGUUUGGUAUUGAACAAGAGUACACUCUCUUUGAAAAGGAUGGUGUCACGCCCUAUGGCUGGCCUAAGGGGGGCUUCCCUGGUCCUCAGGGUCCGUAUUAUUGCGGUGCCGGUGCCCACUCGGUUUUUGGCCGCGUGAUUGUGGACGCCCAUUACCGUGCAUCAUUGUACGCUGGUAUUAACAUUUCUGGCAUUAAUGCCGAAGUGAUGCCGGGACAAUGGGAGUAUCAAGUCGGUCCAUGCACGGGCAUUGAUUCAGGGGACCAUUUGUGGAUGUCUCGUUACAUUCUAUUGCGUGUGUGUGAAGACUUUGGGGUGAAUGUGUCGUGGGACCCCAAGCCCAUUCCCGGUGACUGGAACGGUGCGGGUUGCCACACGAAUUACUCGACAAAGGCCAUGCGUGAAGACGGUGGAAUGGCUCAAAUUAUUGAAGCCAUUGAGAAGAUGAAGCUCAAGCACAAGGAACAUAUUGCAGCUUAUGGCACGGGCAAUGAACGUCGUCUUACGGGACGUCAUGAGACGGCCAGUAUGGACACGUUUUCGUACGGUGUUGCCAACCGUGGUGCGUCGGUUCGUAUUCCACGUGUGGCGGAGGCUGAGGGCAAGGGCUACUUCGAAGACCGUCGCCCGGCGUCUAACAUGGACCCGUAUGUGGUGACGAGCCGCAUUGUCAAGACGACGAUCCUGAACGAGGCGUAA